AUGUUCGCGUGCGAUGCGCGGGCGACUCUGCCCGCGCAUCGAACGCAGCGGCGCGCGCGACGACGAGCGCUUCCGAUAGUACUCGUCGCGCUGUGCGCGUGCUGGCUGUGCAGAGAGCGCACGCGCGAGCGCGCCCGAGAAAGCGAUGAUGUUGCACUCCAACGUAAAAAGUCGCGAGUGGUCGUCGAACCGUGCAUCGGAGGUCGGCUUGAAGCGUCGAUAGCCGACGAACCGGAAUCGAUUCGCUUCGCUACGUUUGCCUUUGCGCGGAACGCUGGCAAAAGAUGGAGCGUGGAAAGCACGAAGAUAGCUUUGCGGCUCAUGUACUCGUCGUUGGCGAGAUCGCAAGCAAGGAAACCGCCGUGUUUACACGUGUACACGGACACGCCGGGCGUGAUUCCGCUCAAGACCACGUUUGGCACAGAGGUUGACGUAAUCACGCACGCGUGCGACUCGCAGUCUUUUCCGCCAAACGCUUACACGAACGUCGGGCCGUGGGCGGCGCUUUCACGAGCGAAACUUGAUGCUGUAGAACAUUUAAUGACGGUGUUCGGUGCGAGGGUGAUAUGGAUCGAUCUCGACACUCUCGUCUUCGUAGACUUGGGACAGACGUUCAGGCAAAGCUCGUCGUGGGUCGUGGGUUACCAAAGAGGCGCGCACUGCGAGGGAAUAAGAGCAUGUUUUCAUUCCGCGCACUCUUCGGUUCGACCGGAAUUCGACGCACUCGGAGAUCUCUGGUCGCUCGAUCGCGAAACAAUAGCAAAGGUCAGAGACUUUGAACGGAGGAGGAUUACGUCCAGCGCGAGGACGCCACCGAAAUACGAUUUACAAACGUAUUACGGACAGAUGCUCGAGGAAGAAAUGUUAUCGAGCGAUGUGUUGCUGCACAAACUUUUGUCGAGUCAUAACUUUGGUUUCUUUUGUUCCAACUUCAUGCAUCCGACGGUUGAAAACUUGGAACUUUCAAUUGACGAGGAGGGGAAUCUCGUCUGUCCUCGACGGCCGGAUGUCAAAAUGGGCGAACGCGUGGGCGCGAUUUCGUUCACAGCCAAGACGUUUCAAAGUAUGUUUUCCGCAGACGGCGAUGUAUUCGAAAACAUAGCGCAUCCCGGAGCGCGACGAUGGCUGCGCGACUGGUUUUAUGGUCCUAUCGCUAGAGGGAGCAACGGCUCGGCGCGCCCCGGCGUCGACAAAAACGUCGAUUCAAAGCCGAAGACUGAUCACGAGCGAAUGGUUUUCACGCCAAUGAAGCCAUCGAGCGAUAGGUACGACGACACAGAUAUCGUUUCAGUUAAGCGAUGGUACGGUCGGCUCGGCAAUAGGGUACGGAUAUUUGCGAUGAUGCUCGAGGACGCGCUGGUCCGCGGUUGUCACGUGCGCAUACUCGACGACAUACUACCGGGAUGGAGAUCAGAAAAUACGUUUUUCGCAAACAAACAGAUCGAUGGUGUGCGGAAUAAGCGUGCUGCGAAGAAGUGUCAGAAACUGAGCGGGCGUCGCUGGUACGAUACGUACCUCAAAUCGAAAGAUGCGCUUCGUCAACAGAACGGUUUUGCAGACGACCGAAUGUCUAUACCAGACGGGUCUGUCGUAACCAAUGCUAUCUCGCGUUACUUUGAAACGAACGUGACGCACGCGUUUGGUCGUGCCUGCGAGAGUGUCGGCGAUGAUGUGCUCGCGGUGCACGUGCGCGCGGGAGACAUCGUCAGCGGCUCCUACAGUCGUUGGACGGGUCAUUUCGUUGCGAAAGAGCCGUCAAAGCACACGACGUACGGACCUUUUCCGACGUCGUACUACGCGAGCGUGCAGAGUUACGCUUCGGAAUCGGCAUUACAAGUGCGAGUUUUCUGCGAAGACUUGAACAAUCCAACGUGUAUGUUUUUUCAACAGCUCGCCGCGGUACUUCCAAACGUCACCAUGAGACUUGGACGGGACUUGAUUUCUGACUUGGUGGAGUUUAACUGCGCCGCUCGCGUAGCGUUUUCGUACGGCUCGUUUCGAGAUGCGCUAGUUCUAAGAAAUCGUCCUUUACGAACGCACGACUUUUUCUUUGACAGAAAUGAAGCCGAGACUACGUGCUCGCGCGCGUCGCGUGGAUCGAGCGCGCGACACCGCCGGUAUUUCUUCGCGUUGAAAAGCGACGAAAUAGAGUAUCAAAAAUGGAUUCGCCGGAAUAACUGGCGCAACACGGCGAGGCAGCGCCACUUGGUUGACAAACACUAUCAAAUUGGUUUCGUUGAAUGCGAGAACCGUGGAAAGGAUUUCUUCGGGUAG